UGGGAUGAUGUUCCGAAGGCUGUUGGAGACACUCAGUGUGUUUCAAUGGGUUUUAACCUUCUUGUUGAUGGGUGUAUUCUGCAGCCUCCUAACUGGGUACCUCCUCCUGACUCGCUUCUGGCCUCUUGCAGCCCUGUACCUGGCUUGGCUCACCAUCGACCGCCACACCCCGGAAAGAGGAGGUCGGAGGUCACAGUGGGUCAGGAACUGGACGGUGUGGAGAUACAUGCGUGACUACUUCCCCAUCUCGAUGGUGAAAAUGGCCGACCUGGACCCCAAGAGGAACUAUGUCUUUGGCUCACACCCCCACGGGAUAAUGUGUUUCGGCACCUUCUGUAACUUCUGCACAGAGGCAAACGGCUUCUCCGGAAUGUUCCCUGGCAUUACCCCUCACCUGGCCACCCUGAGCGGACUUUUCCGCCUGCCCAUCUUCAGAGACUACCUGCUCAGCGGGGGAGGGUGCUCUGUCAGCAGGUCGAGCCUAGGCCACAUCCUGUCGGAGCGCGGCGCGGGCAACGCCGUGAUCAUUGUGGUGGGAGGGGCGGCAGAAUCGAUGGCAGGCACACCAGGAGACCACUCCGUCUUACUGAAGGACAGGAUGGGCUUUAUCCGACUGGCACUGAGCCACGGGGCCGACCUCGUUCCCGUUUACAGUUUCGGGGAGAACGAUGUCUUUGAGCAGUUGGUCUUCCGGUCGGGAAGUUGGAUGAAGUCGCUCCAGGUGACCUUCCAGAAGUGGAUGGGAUUUGCUCCGUGUUUGUUCCGUGGCCGGGGGCUGCUCUCUGCCCGCUCCUGGGGGCUGUUGCCCUACGCCAAGCCCGUCAUGACUGUAGUUGGUGAACCCAUCACAGUGAGACAGAGCACAAACCCAUCAGAGGAGGAGGUGAGUCACUACCACGCUCAGUACAUGGAGGCCUUGGUCAGGCUGUUCAAUAAAUACAAGGGGCAGUACGGACUGUCCGAAACCACACAGCUCACUAUCUACUGAGCCCACUUCACCCGCGCCCUCGGAGACCAGUACUCAGGAACAGGAGGGAGUCACAUCUUCAUCAAAACCGUGGGACCAUUCUCUCAGAUUCAGAACUCAGAAGGGACAACAUCAAGGGAACUGACACUCACCUGAUCUCCAGAAUGUGUCAGCACACUGACUGUCCCCUCCAUCCCCUUCAGCUCACCGGGAACACAGGCCAUCAGGGAUAGCACAGGGUUAGAGACAGAGUAAAGCUCCCUCUAC